UCUCAAAAGGCAGCCUCUUUUUGGCUUCAGCUUUCUAUAUAAACCUUCGACUACAUUGCCCUACUUUCAGUCGCAUGCAGAUCCUCCUCCUCCUCUAUCUGUAAACCUGCAACUCACUUCAAUCAUUGCAAUUCUUCUCCUCAAAGACUUUCCAGUUUUGAAUCUUCUCGUUUUUCUCUGCAUUGUUAUACGCAGACUCUUUCUCUCCAUCUCCAUAUCAUGGACCCCAUCAGAAUGGAGAAGCUCCAUGCCAUGGCCAAAUACAAGAAAACCCAAUUCGACUUCCUGCGUCAGCUCACCAAAUACACGCUCUCUGUGGUUCUGCUGGGCUUGUUUCUUUCAUGCCCACUGUGGCUUCCUCCCCUCUGUACCUGCAUUAAGUCUUUUGCCUUCGUUUCGGUCCCGAAAGCCGUCACAUACGUUCUUCGCCCGAAGAUCUUGUUUGUAAUCUCAAACGUCAUUGUCUUCAUCCUUCUUGGUGAAUCCAAGCUUCUGGGUUCUUCAAAUUCAGCACCAGACAUCUAUGACGAGUAUGUCAAGAGGAAGAAGAGCUACAACCAAAAGCUCUGCGUUCCUGCCGCUGCCGAGAAAGAAGUUUGCUAUGAAGAGAAGCCAGUGAUCGAAUCGUCAAUUUUAAAAGUUAAGAAUAUGAAAGACACGGUGAAGGAUGAGGAGGAAAAUGGAGAUGAAGAUGGCGAGGAGAUGGAAGGUAAGCAAACUAUUGAAGACUUGGAGGAAGAGGAGAAGGAAAUAGAAGCCAAGAGGGGUAUAGCAGAAUUAAAUGAAGCGGAAGAGGAAGAACAGGAAGCGGAGGAAAUAGAAGCUAAAAGGGGUAUAGAAGAAUUAGAGGAUGAAGAGGAAGAAGAGUGUGGUUUACCUGUUGAUGAAUUGAAUAAGAAGAUUGAGGAUUUUAUUGCUAAAUUUAACCAACAAAGGAGGCUUGAAGCUAGAAUGCUUUUCCUAAGUGGCUGAAGGGAAGGAAGACAACCAACAAGUAAAUAGGCACAGAUCGAAGUUUUGGCAUAACAUCAGCAACAAUGCAGUGAUUCUUAGUCCUUCUGGUUAUGUAUAUGUAGACUCGAUUUUGAUCCCUUUUGAGUCUUCCUUGAAGAAAAAUCAUGUCUGUAGUUAUAGACAAGAAAGAAAAAAAAACCAUUUUGGAAUGGUUAUCAACAAGUUGGUCUAUCUGUAUAACUUUUAUAAGUCUCGCAAAAACCCAUUAGUUUAAUUGACAUCAUCCCUGCAAGCAUUAACCCGUUUUC